AAGUGGUAACAGCUGGCAUUUCAAUAAUUCAAUUUUCAUUUUGAAAUCAUCUGUUCCCGCUCUUGGUUGUAGACUGUGUUAUGUGUAUACUUUUUUCACUAUAGUUGUUAAUUAACUUUAUUCCAUGUAAGAUUGACCUAGUUAGUUUAUUUUAUAUAAACCUAUCAUACAAUAUCUUUCAUAACUGUGUUACUCGUGCAUUGCAGUGCACAAUAAAAAUUGCUGCAUUUACAAUAUUCAAAGAAUUUAUCGUACAUUCCUAGUUAUGGAGUUCACUUUAAAUAUUUUUACAUUAAACUGUUGGGGCAUUCCAUUUGUAUCAAAAAACCGCAAGGAAAGAAUAGAAGCGAUAGCAAAAUAUUUACUAACUGGUGAUCAUACUAUAGUGUGCCUACAGGAAGUUUGGAGUGAACAGGAUUAUUUAUAUUUAAAAGAAAACUUGAGUACUGCUUUGCCAUAUUCUCACUAUUUCUAUAGUGGUGUGUUGGGUUCGGGGCUGUGUGUAUUCUCUAAAUGGCUCAUACAAGAUGUUUUCUUUCACCAGUGGCCAUUGAAUGGCUAUAUACAUAAAAUACACCAUGGUGACUGGUUCGGAGGUAAAGGGGUGGGUCUCUGCAGAAUAAAAUACAUGGAAAGAUUGAUAAAUGUUUAUUGUACUCAUCUCCAUGCAGAAUAUAAUGAGGAUGACAUCUAUUUGGCACAUAGAGUUUUGCAAGCACAUUCCACGGCAGAAUUUGUGAAUCUUACUUCACCUCCAGCUGACAUAUCUAUUUUAGCUGGGGAUCUUAAUACUGCACCAGGAGAACUAUCCUUUAGAUUAAUAACACAGAUACCAAGCCUGAUAGACCCGGCCAGUGUAGGACCUUCUGGCGACGGCCCAACAUUGAUAAAAGCUAUAGGGACAUGUGAUAAUAUCAACAAUAGCUAUUCCAAUCCAAAAAUAGCUAAAGCCUGUCCAGAAGGAAAAAGAAUUGAUCAUAUACUAUAUCAUGUAGAUCCUGCUUGGGAGGCCGAGGUUAUUGACAUGAAAAAUCCUCUGGAAGACAGAGUACCAGGUCAAGACUUCUCAUACUCCGACCACAAUGCUGUAUCUGUACAGUUGAAAAUAAAAUCGUCGAACGUAAAAAAUAAAAUACGUUCGCAGAGUUCAGUUGAAAGUUACGAUGACACAAUAAUAGAGGCGAUCAAAGUUUGUAAGGAAGCUAUGGUGACUGUAGCUAAAUCGAAAAAGUUGUACCUUUUUACCGGCACAUUGAUUUUCAUGUUCCUUCUCGGUUCAGUCGGAUUUUGGCCCAAUAUCAUAAUUGCAGAUAUAAUUAAGAUUAUCAUGACCGGUGUCUGCUUCUAUUAUAUUUUAAUGGGAUCGCUUUGGAAUAGAAUUGAGAUGAACAGUCUUAAAGCUGGUGUGACAGCUUUGGAAAAUUUCAAAAGUAGUAGAAACUACGAUUUGGGUAAAUCAAAAUAUUAAUUGAAGCACAUUGCAUUAAGAAAAAUACAGUUAAAUGUUAUACAGUAAAAUAUAACUCGUCAGUAUUUAAAUCAUACGUAUUUUAUAUAAAUAUGUCUAGUACCAAAAAAUUAUUAAAAAUAAAACUUAUUAAUUUUAAGUCACAUUUAAUCUGUUACAUUCAAUGAUCAUGUAAGAUUGUGUAUUUCCCUUUAA